UAUGAUAAAAAAUAAGUUAUUGAGAAAUGAGAAAUAAUUAAUUACGAAGUGCAUUUUAAGUUGUUUCGAUUUUAUAAUGAGAAAAACAUUAAAAUAAAAUAAAUGAUCGUACUAAUUUUGAUUUAUGAACGGAUAUUGUCAACUCUAAUUUAAGAAAAUCUAAUAAAUAAGUAGGAUUUAUUCCCUUACAAUAUCACCAGAGAACUUAUCACCUCACCUUUAUAAAUUGCAAGGUAAUUAUUAAAAAAUGUCUCUUCCUUCGCUAGACUUUUUACUACAACAGGCAGAAAACUGUGAAAGUAAAAAUGAUACUAAAACGUAUCGAAAAAUUGAUUUGCAAACCCCAUUUGGCCUAAAUGAUUUAAUGUUUGAUGACAAUGAAGUAUAUUCUAGCGACAAUGACAUUGCCUCAAAUAUGUCCAUGUUACAUUUAGAAUCACAAAUGACUGAAGAAUGCUCAAAUAUUUCUGAUUAUAUAAACAAACAUUUAUCAUUAUUACCUUCUGACGAAUGUAAAUUUAAUUCUAAUGAAACUAGUAAAAAUACAGAGCUGGAACAUAAAUCCUUCGAUCUCUUAAAAAAUGAAUCAAGAAUUACACCUACAAUUUUAAAGCUGAAAAGAGAUACUUUAAUAAAAAAACACAAAUUAUUUACCACAAAACCAUUAGCAAUGAUACGUAAAUCUCCUUUACAAAAUCAAGAUUCUGGUUGUAGUAUGGUGAUGGGCAGAAUUUAUCCAAUUUCAAAAUCAAAUUCGUUGAAUGAUUAUCUAUAUAAUGUGUUGGUUGAUACGCGCAGGCAAGGAUUUAAAUUCAAUACUCCAGCCCCAGAUGAACUUGUUCUGUCGUGGAUGGAUAUUGUAAGGCAAAUGCCUAGUAAAUAAAUAGUUUUUAAUAUUAUUAUUUAUAAACUAUACUCUUAAAAAUAAGCUUUUAAAUAAUAUGCUACAGCCUACAAUUUUUAAGUAAAUUAAUAAAAUAAAAAUAACAUUAGUUUUUUUUUUUUUAUUUAUUAAAAAUUUACCACUACAGCUAUGUAAAAUAUUAAUUUUUUUAUAUUGUUUGUCUAUCUAAAUUUAUUUAGUGUUUAUUUUAGUUUUAAUUGAAUGAAUUUUAUCUUUAUUUUAUUUAAACUUAGAGGUAUUAUGAUAUAAUUUACAAUAUAAUGUUAUGCUUCUUUUUUAUUUCACUAACAGAGUAAUAGUUCUUGUUUAACAGAAUAGGGAUUUGACCGAAUCAUCAAAAUUGUUUUUUUUCUUAAAGGGUACUAAUUUUAUAACUAGAUUUUCACAUUAUUAAGUAAUUUUUUAAUAAUUGACUGUUCUCAUGUUUUGUACGACAUUUUAAAAGUAAAAAUCAUAAGGUCUAAUAGUAUAAAACAUUAUUAAAAAAUCUAAAAUAAUUUGAAUUUCCAAAUUUAAAGCUCAUUA